AUCACUUGGGCAAGCAUUCAGGGGUAUCAUCGACUUAACACUCUCUCCGUUCCAUCAAUCCCCAACACAUCACAGCCAUGUCCGAUAUCGAAGACCUCGAACCCCUCGAGCCCACGCUUCAGAAUGUCAUCGAUCAGACAUCCCUGCAGUGGAUUUUUGUCGGAGGCAAAGGAGGAGUCGGAAAAACUACCACGUCCUGUUCGCUCGCUAUCCAGUUGGCCAAGGCUCGUCCCAGCGUCCUUUUGAUCUCCACAGAUCCCGCCCACAACCUGUCCGAUGCGUUUGGACAGAAGUUCAGCAAGGAUGCCACCCUUGUCAGUGGAUUCACCAACCUCUAUGCCAUGGAAAUCGACCCCACAUCCUCUAUCCAGGAGAUGAUCGAUAACGCCGAUGAUCAAGGAAGCGGCGUUUCUUCUAUGAUGCAGGAUCUUGCGUUUGCUAUUCCUGGUGUCGAUGAGGCCAUGGGAUUUGCCGAAGUUAUGAAGCAGGUCAAGGCGAUGGAAUAUUCUGUUAUUAUUUUCGACACCGCUCCAACAGGACAUACCCUGCGCUUCCUCUCCUUCCCCAGCGUUUUGGAGAAGGCCCUGGCAAAGGUUUCGCAGCUAAGCGGACGUUUCGGACCCAUGAUGCAGCAGAUGUCAGGAAUGAUGGGCAUGCAGGGCAACCCCGAGGAUAUGUUUAGCAAGCUGGAGGGUAUGCGCGAAGUCAUUACUGAGGUCAACAACCAGUUUAAGGAUGCGGAUAAGACCACGUUUGUAUGCGUGUGCAUCUCUGAAUUCUUGUCGCUUUACGAGACCGAGCGCAUGAUUCAGGAGUUGACGUCGUAUAAAAUCGACACCCACAACAUUGUUGUCAACCAGCUGCUGUUCCCAAAGAAGGAUUCAAACUGUGAGCAGUGCCGGGUUCGAUAUGCAAUGCAGAAGAAGUACCUGAACCAGAUCUAUGAUCUCUACGAGGACUUCCACGUCACCAGGUUACCUUUGUUGACAAACGAGAUCCGUGGUGUCGAUAAGUUGAUUCCGUUCUCGGAGAUGUUGGUCAACAGCUCCUAUGUCGAUGAGAAGAAUGCCGAGGGCAUUGAUGAUGCCAAGGUUGACGAGAAGAAGGCCAUGGAGGAUGUCAAGACUGAUGCUUAGACAUGGAUAGUUACUCCCACUUUGCAGACCUCCUCAUAAAGGGCUGUGAACAUGCUUCAGAAACACCAAUAAAACAAACUAUCCACCAAAUGAUGUCGAAACCGUAGAGGGUUCGGUUCUGAAGAUAAUUACAGCAGGAUUGGGUCACAAAAUGCAACGUUAUUUUUUCUCCCCACACCUUUUCGGACUCAACCAAAC